UGCCGGACCUCAGCGCUUGAACCAAGGCCGUCAACAGCAACCCACGGACCCAAAAUUUGCCAAUUGGUCAGACAACUUCAUUCGGUCAUCAAAUUGGUCCACCAUUUACAGAACGUUUCCCAGGAACCAGGGAAACCUGAACCUGUCAUGAUCUCUCGCAUGGUCGAGAACCUGUCCACCAUGAUUAAGCCUGCAUGCCCCAAUACAAACAACAAAGGACUUGAUUGACGGCAAUGCCAGGAAUUGGGGACAUACCACACUCAUCAUUCUUGAGGAUCAUUACACAGCCAUGUUGGAAGACGUUUUGUCGGAACUCAGUGGGACUCUGCCAUCUGACUGGCAAACGGCCUUUGAGGUGGCCACCAGAUGGGCGAAGAAAAACUUGCCCCGAAUCACCCAGGAGGUGAUCGACCAUGCGGAGGCAUUGGUCGCAACAUGUACCGAGGUGGAAAUAGACCUCGAAACACAACCAACACCAGCUCCCCUGGACACGGAACAACAGACAGAAGACGUACAUGAACCACCACAACGGGCACGCCCACAGAAACGACCACAAGUACGUCCUCCACGAGUCAACUUUGUCACCAUCGGUGCCCCACAUGUCCAGAAAAAACGACAGUGGCAACUAUGACUGGUGAUGUGUCUGAGGGGACACCAGAGCCCCCCCAAGAUGGACAGGCUGAACCAAGUGUUCAGGCUACCCCACUCAUGGAACAUAGAGACCCCAGGCCCCAAAGACAGGGACGGAGGGCCGUCCGGGGGGUAGUGGUACAGGAAGACAGUUUUGACUUCGACAUAGUGGACAUAGGGGGGGAGGUAGACAGACAGAGUGCCACUCGUGCACAACGUCCAUUGCCACAGUUUGAGCCACCUGGGUGGGGAGGAAGGACAAUAGGCUAGACUGGCACUCCUCCACUGGUCCCCACUGUCGUUGACACACGUCCCCAACCGGGAAACCGAAAUAGCAUUCAAGUGUCGGCGAUGGUGCACCUGGACCCCACUGCGCACCAGGAUUCACCUGACCUGGAGUGGAGCCCAUUGUUUGAUGAUGGCUCAGGGGAGGUGACGUCUACCCCAAUGCAGUUCAAAAACAAAGUCACGCGACACAUUAACACUGAUAGGAAAAUGGUCGACUGGACCUUGAGUGUCAACAAAAAAUGGUUGAUUGUAGGGGAUUCGAACCUCGCCCGGAUUCCCCCAUUCACAAUUCGUGACCUUCAGGUAGAUAGUUAUCCUGGGGGUAAUUUCAGACACGCACAGCCUUUAUCUCACCGCAACAUCCCAAGUGACAGUGGAAAAGGUGGUCCUCGCAUUUGGGAUCAACUGUAGGUUGCAGAAACCGAAACAGACUGCCAUCAAGCAGAUGCAGGCGGCAGUAAGGGCAGCCAAACGACAGUUCCCUUACUCUGAGAUAUGGGUUCCGGUCAUCAACUUCUCCACUCUCUUGUCCAGUGAGGAGCGGACCAAUCUCCAGAUCCUGAAUGGACACAUUGAACGGAAUAUGCCAUUCAUUCCAGCCUUGGACUACAACCACUUCCGCACUGAAAGUGAUUGUGUGCACUGGACUAGGGAUACGGCCCGGGCAAUGUUGGACCAUUGGGCGACUUAUUUAAACUUGAACCCCCGUUAAGCCCCUUACAGGACGGGACUGAGGGAGUAAUGCCCCUUCUCUCCCAAAAUGUGAUGGUCUUAGCCAAAAACUUUACCUUGUCGGACACGCAAAAGUCUCUCCUAAACAGGGGGUUGACCUUUGUUCCGACAAUGGACUUUAAUUGGAAUCAGAGAACUAAAUUUGAAUUGGACAUGCAAAAUUACCACCGGAGACUCAAAUUGGCUGCAUACUUCAGGAAUUCGACGAAACAGCAUAAGGCCUCAUUUCCCAUGGCUAAAUCCCAUUGGACACCACCCGCAGAGAAGCUGCCGCCAGAAAUCAAUUUCCUUGUUAAAAAAGAUCAAAAAGAUUUUAAUAAACACUUUAAAAACUAUACAGAGACACCAAAUUUAUUCCAGAAGAACAAGACGAAUUACAACAAUUGAUGAAGAAUACGCACAUAGUGAUCAAACCCGCGGAUAAGGGCAGUGUGGUGGUGAUCCUCGAUCGGGAUCAGUACAUAAGGGAAGUGGAUCGCCAAUUAAGUGAUAAAAUAUAUUACACCAAAUUAAAAGAACCAAUUUAUUUAAAAACUGUUCCUGAAGUUCAUAGGAUAAUUGAUGAUUUGUACAAUAAAAAAUACAUUAAUAACAGACAACGACAAUAUUUGAAGGGUGAUUGUGAACCCAGACCACGUAGGUUCUACAUCCUGCCCAAGAUUCAUAAGGAUCCAAUAAAGUGGACAGUGCCCUUCGAGAUUCCUCCGGGUAGACCCAUCGUCUCUGAUUGCGGAAGCGAGACGUAUCAGACCGCCAAAUUUAUUGAUUACUUUUUGACUCCACUGUCGAUGAAGCAUCCGGCAUACCUUAAAGACACAUAUCAUUUCAUCAGCAUAAUUCAUGGAUUAAAAAUUCCAGUGGAGUCCUUCUUUUUCACCAUAGACAUAGACAGCCUAUACACGAAUAUAGACAUCAGGGCAGGACUGUCUACUGUCGAAAAUGUGUUCUUGAAGUAUCCAGAUCCGGACAGACCGGACACGGAAUUGUUACAGCUUCUAGAAAUCAAUUUGACCAAGAACGAUUUUGAGUUUAAUGGGGAGUAUUUCUUACAAAUUAAAGGCACGGCCAUGGGCAAAACGUUUGCCCCGGCCUACGCAAACAUCUUUAUGGCAGACUGGGAGGAGAAAGCCCUGGACAAGUGCCAUAAGAAACCUCUCCAUUACUUCAGAUAUCUCGAUGAUAUCUUUGGAAUUUGGACUUAUUCAAAAGAGGAUUUUGCAGAUUUUAUCCAAAUUUUAGAUGCCCAUGAUCCGUCAAUUCGGGUAAAGUACGAAAUAGGUGAAAGAUCUAUCCAUUUUCUGGACACGACAGUGUAU